CAAGGAUUUAGUGAAACCCUGUCCAAGCUUCGUGCACGCGAAAUAAAAGAGAUUAGACGAUUUAUGUUUUUUUUUUCUUUCUCUCCUAUUCUCUUGCCCAUACGUUUGUGCUUGUCAACAAAAUUGUAACAAAACUCCGGAAUAAUAACACUAUGUGAAAAUGAUGUGUAAACAUUGGUGUCACCACGCGCGGCAUCGGUGAAUCGACUUAGCCAACUUGCAAGUGGAGAAGGUCAACCAAAGACCAGACGCCGGAUAUUGACCACCAGUGACCACAUCUGACCAUCAGUGGAAAUGGUUAUUAUUACAUCAUAAAAAAAGCCAUCUAAACCACCAACUAGCAUUGACAAGUGAUUGGAAUCCCAAUUGGAUCUGAGAUUAAACCAAGAGGAUGAGCGGUUGGGUGGUCACUCUGGCGGUUGUUUUGGCUAUUGCUGUCAUUGCUGGUGCUACCUUAGCUCUUUACCGGAGAUACUGCAUUAACGUGAAAUGGGGAGCUAGAAAUAUAUGGAGUAUAUGUGAAGAAUGGAGACAGAGAUUGUCUUGGUUGUGGGCACCAAGGGAGGAAAAGGUGGGUCUUGUGAAGGCUCAACAUCCGACAGCUCAUUGUCAGACAAUUCCAGGACUAUAUAGACAUUCUAGUAAUAACUCUCAGCAUCUUCUACACAGUGACAGCGAUCUACGCUUGGAUGCUCAAGGAGCAUUUACGCGAUUUGAAUCAGUAGACAGAGAUCUUCAUCCACCAUUAGGAGUAAGUGGAAAUACAAUUCCACCUCAGCCACUUAGACCAGCACCUCAACCUAGACCAACUGCUCGUCCAAGACCUUCACCUCUUCAAACACCUUACGGAGCGGAAUAUCUACGUCAAGAAACAGGACCAGGUCCUCUGACACCACCUCCAGUUCCACGUCCAUCAGUACCUCAUCGAGGAGGAGCACAACCUGUAUUUGUAUUUCAAAAUGAACUUCCACAGUCAUACAGUCAUAGUCAGUAUGUAAAAGCUUGCAAUGGACAAUCUGCAUUACACUUUGAUCCAUAUACUAGUAAAUCUAUUCCUGAGAGUAUUCAAACAUCAGCUUUUGCUACUAAUAAUCCAUCAGAGGUCAAGGUAUCAGGAUUCGAACCAAGGUAUGAGAGCCUUGAGAGCUUUGAAGAGAAAAUGAAGGAUGCUUAUCUCAGUAGAAUUAAUCGAGAGAUUCCCUAUAGAUCUUAUGAUCUUAUAGAUGACUCGUCAAAGCUUAAAUAUGGUAUUUCACAAGCUCAAAUGAAUGAAAGAAGUGUUAUGAGAAAUUCUGAUGAUAUUCGAUCAGUAUCAAGUUACCCUGAAUACAAUAAACCAGCUUCAAAGAAUCAACAUCAAAUGAGACACGUGAGAAAUGACUCGAGAGGAUCUUAUAGUAGUUUUAAUUUUAUUAAUUCAAAUAAUUCAAACAGUCAGAACAUAAUGGAGUCUAUUUAUGGGCCUCAAGCUGUGACUAAAUUGCUACAGAACUCACAGAUUUAUAAUAAUGAUCUUGGAACAAAGGACGAUGGAACGCAAAGCAUAGAAAUGACUCCAUUCAGAAACACUGCUGUUUUUCCAGAAGAUCUCAGUUAUGAAAUUCAUGCUAAUUCCAAGAUUCAAGGAUUACAAAGGGUUUCUCAAUAUAUUCAAAGUCUACCUGAUGUACCUAUUUAUGAUUCAAUGAGUGAUCAAGCACAUGAAGAUCAAAUAGAGGAUGACGGAACUCUCACUCCUAAUGACAAUGAAUUAGCACCGAGUCCAGUUCCUCCACCAGCUCCACCUGAUCCCUCCAAUUCAGUUGAUAUGAACAGGAAAAAUGGACUUACAACUGGCGAGAGAAUAUUCAGUGCUCUCAGAUCAGUUACUUCGCAAAGUUAUAUUGAUGCAUCUGAAUUCUACAAUUCAGUGCUUUCAUCAGCUCAGCAAGUUCCAAUGCUUACCUUCCCGACGAUUAGAAGAUCAUCUUUACAGCUUGAAAAGGAUAGCCCAGCAAAUAGUAUACAAGAUGAAGCUUCAAAUCUCUACAUCGAUGUUGAGCCUGAAGCGAUUGGUAUUGAUGGCUCGAGGCGAGCAUCCGACCUUUACAGUCCCGAGCUUAAUUUGAAGGCUCACCAGACCGCACAGGAGGUGUACAACAGUCUCCAAGAUCCCCCAUCGUCACCACUACUUUUGAAAGAUCUUAGUCAGGAACCCUAUCCCUACAUGUCUGAUCCGAGUUUUACGAGAACCUCAGAGGAUAUAUUCAAUAGUAUAGAGCAAAGAAGAAAAAGUAUGGAAAGACUCAAUGGACUUCAUGAAUACGUUGAAAUGGAAAGCAUUAAUAAUGUAAGAAGACGCAGUAGUCAAGAUCUUUAUAAUGCGCUUGAAGAAGUUCAAUUAAAAAGACGACUUUCACAACAAGUCCUCGAUGAAUCCUAUGGAUAUUCAAACUUCGACAUGGAGGAAAUAACUCCAGGAAGUCGACAAAAUUCACAGGGCCCUGAACCAGAACCACCACCCGAUGAGACUAACUUAAAACGAGCUGUUAGUUGUGAAAGCGUUUGUUCAGAUACUAGUGUGGUCCUGGAUGAUCUAGAGGAAAUCACUGUCGGGCAUGUUUGCGUUGGCCUCGAGUAUGAACGAUGGGCUGGACGUGGAACUGAUAUUAAAGGAGAUCUAGCUGUUAGUGUGCUAGAGGCAAGAGACCUUAUUGCACGGGAUGGAAGACCUGCUCAAGAUACACUUGCUAGAGUGUGUCUCCUACCAGACCGUCAAACUCAUGUACAAACGAGACUCUACAGGGGAUCGCCUGCACCAAGUUAUCAAGAAAAAUUUUCAUUUCCUCUUGAUGGAGGUCCAGUAGGGAGAACAUUAUUGGUUGAGAUUUUUUCGGUUGAUCUCAACAUGGGUGGUGAGGCAUAUCUUCUAGGAGAAGCAACUCUGAAGCUGGGUCCUGUGGCAAGAACUCCAGCAACGACGUGGCUACCUCUUAUUUCUCCUACACUAUCAGUGCCACAUCUAGGAGAAAUAAUGUUCUCUCUAAGUUACUCACCAACUGCUGAAAGACUAACUUUAGUGGUAGUCAAAGCCAGAAAUCUCCGAGGAGCCAAUGAAGCACCUGGAGAAUUUUUCGUUAAAGUGUACCUGCUUCAACAAGGGAAGAAAAUGCACAAGAAAAAGACUUCUGUCAAACGAGGAGAAAAAAGUCCUACCUUCAAUGAAGCCAUGAUUUUCAAUGUUCCUGUUCAUACUUUGCAGACAAUUCAAUUGAGACUGACUGUAGCCGAGUGGAAUUCGGAUUCUGGAGCUAACUCAAAAGCCUAUUCCGUAGGUCAUGUAAUAACAGGAUCCAAUGCGACAGGCAAAUCUUCAACACACUGGAGACAGAUGUUAUCUGCUCCCCGUCGACCUGUUGCUAUGUGGCAUCCGUUAAGGAAAUAAUAAAUAAUUAAAAUGUCUCAUCAAUUUGACCUCCAAGCAGUUAUUUAAUAUUUUAAACAAGUGAAGUUAUGAAUUAAUAAAUAAGAAUCUAAACGUAUUGAUAUUAUAUCUGUUCCAGUUCUUCAUUGAUCAAUUCUAAUAAUGACAUCAAUAAUGUUUGUAAUUAAUCGGAGUAAUAAAUUUAUUAAAUAAGUUUAAUUAAAGUGAGAAGAUAUUAAAUAAUUAAAUGUUGCUGGAUAUUCUAUUAUUUGAUUCAUUGUCGAAUCAAAAAGCAACUUACAAUAUGCGAUAUUCAAAUAUAUUCGCGGUUAUCAACAGACUGAAAAAUCAACCCCACAGUAAAUUUACAAAGUUCAACAAUUUAAUCACAGUUAAUUAUUAAUUAAAUAAUUUAAUAAUUAUUAUGAUUAAAAUU